GUUUACUUCACCUAUCACAUGUCACCUGAAACUUAACCGAUUUAACCAAAAAAUAGUUGCUUUAUUUUUAUUCAUUGUGGUUUUAGAUAUUUACAAAUUCUUCUAAUACCCAACUAAUUAACGAAAUGGUAUUAGCAUCUAGAUAAAAAGGGUUUUUAAGUGUUUGCAAUCACGUGCGUGUGUUGCAAUUUAUUAUGGACGGAAAACCGGAUUUGGAAGUGGUGAAAUCAGCCGUAUCAACAUUAUACAACAACCCGGAUGGCGGUGAAAAAGAAAGGGCCUCCCGAUGGCUAUUGGAAUUACAAAAAUCGGUUCACGCAUGGACCGUUGCCGACGAAUUGCUGCGCCGUUGCACGAACGCCGACGAUCUCCAAACCCGCUAUUUCGCCGCUCAAACGAUGCGAACCAAAAUUCACCAAUCCUUCCACGAGCUACCCAGAGACGUCCACGAGUCUCUCAGGGACUCGCUUCUGGAGCACAUGGGGGCUUGCGCUGGCGUCGAUGAGGGCGCAGGUGCCGCCAUAGUGACGCAACUAUCGCUAGCACUUGCGGAUUUGGCGCUGCAGAUGCCCGAUUGGCGAACGCCUGCGCUGGAUUUGAUCGGCCGAUUCAGCGCGGGGAAUAACGUGUGGCCCUUAUUGGAGGUGUUGACUGUGCUCCCUGAAGAAUUAGAGAGCAGAUCAGUGAGAUUAGGAGAAAAUCGACGAUACGAGGUAUUAGAAGAUAUGAAAUUCUGCGCUCCCACCGUGAAUGAAUUUCUGAAGCAUUGUUCGAAUUUGUACGGAAGAGGAGGAUCGGAAAGGUUAGCGGCAGGCGAUAGACCGAUAGAUGUGAAAAUCCUCAGAUGUUUCGCUUCUUGGAUAUCAGUCGGAGCAAUUGGACCGAGUCAAUUGAGCGAGGAUCGGGUGGUGGUUGACAUGGCGUUCGACGUGUUGAAAACGGACAUAAGGCCAGAUGAAAAAGAAAGCGUAACAGGCCAACUUCACGAAGCCGCCACGGAUUGUAUUUGCACCUUACUGUUACGUCUCGAGGAUAACAACAACCACGUCGCAUUGGAAACGCACUUAUUUGAAAAUAUAGUAAAUUUAGAAGUGGCCUAUCAUGCAUCUGUCGCCCUCGAAGAUCAAGCAAAGUCGACGGAUUAUUGUCGGCUAUUCACCGAAUUGGCGGAAUCAUUUUUGGGGAAGAUUGUAGACGAUGGAGGAGGCGGUGGUGGCGGCGACGGCGGCGGCGGAGCCAAGAGGCGUACCGUGUACGCCGUUAAAUGUCUAGAUUUGGUACUGAUGUGCGUCGGCCAUCAUGAUUACGAGGUGGCCGAAAUAACAUUUAACCUUUGGCAUAUGCUAAGUGAGGAAUUAUAUCAGAAAAAUAAUAAGGAAUUAACUGAAUUAUUCAAACCAUACGUGGAAAGAUUGAUCACGGCCUUAUGUAGGCAUUGCCAGAUGGAGCCAGACAUGGAGGGUCUACUCGAAAAAGGAGAUGAAUUUAAAGAUUUUAGGAUGAAAGUCUCUGAUCUAAUAAAGGACGUGGUCUUUAUAGUAGGUAGCAGCAGUUGCUUCAGGCAAAUGUUCAUCAAUUUACAAACCUCCGGUGUUACGUGGGAUGCCAGCGAAGCCGCUCUCUUUGUAAUGCAGGCUGUAGCCAAAAACGUUCUACCCACGGAAAACGAAGUUGUUCCUAAAGUCGUCGAAGCAAUAUUGAACAUACCAAUCAGCGCACACGUCGCUGUGAAGUACACCUCUGUCCUUCUACUGGGCGAACUGGCCGAAUGGAUAGAAAAACACCCGGACGCUUUGGAUCCCGUCCUGAAUUUCCUAGUUUGCUGCCUUCGGAGCGGCGCCGAAGGGGGAGGCGUCGCGACGGCGGCGGCGUCCGCGCUGCAGAACGUGUGCACGUGCUGCGGCGCUCACAUGGGCAGGCACGUUCCCAUUCUGUUACAGUUACUUCAACAGUCGGAUUCGUUUGGCGUCGGCAACGCGGCGGUGGUGGGAUUACUGAAAGGCGUCGCGUCGGUGGUGAGUUGCGGCAUGGGAAGCGGCGCCGAAACGGCGUCGGCCGUACGGGAAUUGUGUUCGAUGCAAUUGUCGCCGUUAUGCAGUUUGAUCGAAAACGACGUUCGACCUGUUAAAGGGACUCUAACGGAUCCGGUGCUGUGGUUGGAUCGAUUGAGUUCGGUUCUGAGAUACGUUAAUGUCAAUAUUGUCGAAGGUGAAAUCCAUCCUUGCAAACCGGUAAUAAUGGAAAUGUGGCCGAUAUUAUCCCGAGCAUUCGACGCAUACCACAGCGACGUUCGGAUAAUGGAAAGAUGUUGCCGUUCGGUGCGUUUCAUGUUGCGUUGCGUGGCCCGACAACUUCAAGAUUUGCUGCCUUCGUUGGUCGGACAGAUCGUAAACAUUUACUGUCUCUACGGACAUUCGUGUUGUUUGUACGUCGGCAGCAUUUUAGUGGACGAAUACGCCGGUGACGUGACUUGCGUUAGAGGUCUCCUCGACAUGUUGAACGCUUUUUUGGAGCCGACGUUUCGUCUGUUGCAAGAAGAGAACGGCUUGAAGAACCAUCCGGAUACCGUCGAUGAUUUCUUUAGGUUGUGCGCUCGGUUCGUCCAGAGGGCGCCGAAGGCGUUUCUAAGCGGAGGCUCCCAUUUGGCGCCCAUUAUACAAUGCGCUCUUCUCGCCGCCACCUUAGAUCACAAGGAAGCCAACGUGUCUGUUAUGAAAUUUUUCUACGAUUUAAUAAACCAGGGACUGAGCGGCCGAGGUGAACCCGAUUUCGACGAGAGAAAAGCCUUGGUUAGGAGUCUACUGAACGAAUACGGUCAACAACUCGUGUCUAAUUUAAUUCACUCUUGCGUAUUUUACUUGCAUUCGUACAUGCUGAGCGAAGUGGGCGACGUUUUUGUACAAUUGUUGGAUUUCGAUAGACAGAUCACGAGUGAAUGGUUAGCGAACGGUUUGGAAUUGUUACCGAAACAACAGAAUGGUGGAAUAAUGGCGGCCAAGCCUAAACAAUUAAAUGAUGUUCAUGCUUCUAUAACGAGAUCAAACAGUUCAAAAUCUGUGACGCACGCUCUGAAAGACCUAACUAGGCUAUAUCGUUAACUAUAAAUCUUGUCUAUAUAGUGUUAAUUGAGUAAAAAGGCUUAAUAACAGAGUUUAAUAUUUUCUUAAAUCUAAGAAAUUAACGAACUUUGGAAACGUCGCAAGACAUAUUUUGUGAAUUUAUUGAAGAGGGUGAAUUUGUAUCAUAUUAGGUUAUUGGCGAUAUCUCAAUCUCUCAAGAUUAACGAAAAAAUUUUAUAUUUUUGCCACUUUUGUGUAAAUAUUUUUUUCAAUAAUCAAAUCGAUUCGAAUAACCUCCACUAUAUUUUUUAAGAAUAUGACGGAACGUGUAAACUUAUUAAAAAACGAAAGAUAAAUG